AUGAAGUCGCCUCCCUCCUUCCAUCCAUCCAUGCGGAGGAGCCUUCGCAGUAGCCAACCUCACUGUCUCACACCAACACUCGAGACUUAUGCCCGCGGCAUCAUCAUCUCUUCUUCUCCCUCGCCCACUCUGCUCGACUUCGCUCUUCCCAAAAGAUCGGAUCUUUAAGGUGCUUUUUGUUGGAAAAGUUGACAGAGUCGGCCUCGCUCGAUACAGCCGCUAUGCGGUCUGCCACGAGAUCGAUGAAUCCUCUGACGGAGAGACUGAAGGCCGCAAGAUGGAGGCAUUGCCUAAAAGAGAUGUCUUUUCGGUUCUUAACGUGGUGGAUCGCGGUGCUCGUGCUGAUUGUAGUACUUAUGCUUCACUGCUUGGCCGGAUUUUGAAUUCAGGUUCUUUGUUCGAUGCUAGGUGGAUCCAUUCGAGGAUCCUGAAGCUGGCAUUCCAUGGAGAAGACCACUUGUGCAAUCGUUUAAUAGCUUUGUAUCUGGCGUUCGGUGAAGUUCGAGAUGCGAUCAAGUUGUUUGAUGAUAUGUCUCAUAGAGGUGUUGCUUCGUGGAACCGAAUGAUUGCGGGUUUUCUUGAGAGGAAAGAGCACCACAAAGUUCUCACUUUUUUUACUAGAAUGGUGGGGCAGUGUGGACAUCCUGAUCCUAUCACCAUUGCCAUUGCCCUGAGAGCAUGUAGUGGACAUGACAGAUAUUGGCAUGUUGUGCAACAGAUUCAUGCGAAGAUAAUAAAGUAUGGCUUUUCUGGUGAUUCCAACGUUGGUAAUCCUUUGAUUGAUUUAUACUCCAAAAAUGGGUAUAUAGAUUCAGCUAGAGUAGUAUUUGAAGAGUUAUGGUUGAAAGACAACGUUUCAUGGGUUGCUAUGGUGUCUGGGUUUUCGCAAAACGGUUUUGGAGCUGAAGCUCUUCGUCUUUAUAAUGGAAUGCACCAUUCUGGAAUUCUCCCUACUCCAUAUGUUCUGUCCGGUGUUCUCAGUGCUUGCACAAAGUCUGAUCUCUUUGAACACGGAGAGCUGAUCCAUGCCCAAGUGAUUAAGCAAGGCUUCUGCUCAGAAACUUUUGUGGGCAAUGCUCUUGUCACAUUAUACUCACGGUGUGGCAGCCUUACACUGGCAGAAAAAAUAUUCAGUGAGAUGCCAUGUCAUGAUAGAGUUACUUACAACACCCUGAUCUCUGGACAUGCACGAAAUGGAAAUAGUGAAAGUGCUUUAAGAAUAUUUGAACAGAUGCAGUGGUUAGGCUUAAAACCUGAUUCUGUCACAAUUUCAGGCCUUCUCACUGCUUGUGGUUCUAUUGGAGAUGUUCAAAGAGGAAAACAGCUACACUCUUAUGUGCUUAAAGCUGGAUUAUCUUCAUAUUAUAUUAUUGAGGGUUCCGUGCUUGAUCUCUAUGUGAAAUGUGCUGACAUAGAAACUGCCCAUGAGUUUUUCAAUGCAACUGAUAGAGAGAAUGUAGUCUUGUGGAAUGUAAUGCUUGUGGCUUAUGGUCAGAUGGGUGAUUUAAGAAAAUCUUUUGAUCUGUUUUACCAAAUGCAAGUUGAGGGUAUGCGGCCUAAUCAGUAUACAUAUCCUAGUAUACUUAGAACUUGUACUUAUGUUGGUGCUGUUGAUCUUGGAGAACAAAUUCAUACUUUGACUAUAAAGACUGGAUUUGAGCUUAAUGUGUAUGUAAGUAGUGUACUCAUAGAUAUGUACUCCAAAUGUGGUAACCUUGCAAUGGCUAAGGAAAUUCUUGAAAGACUCACUGAGAAAGAUGUUGUCUCUUGGACUGCUAUGAUUGCUGGUUAUGCACAGCAUGACUUUUGCCUAGAGGCUCUCCGAACUUUUGAGGAAAUGCAAAUUUGUGGCAUACGACCAGAUAAUAUAGGAUUGGCCAGUGCUAUUAGUGCAUGUGCUGGAAUCAGAGCAAUCAAACAGGGGUUGCAGAUCCAUGCUCAAUCAUGCAUCAGUGGCUAUGCGACAGAUAUAUCAAUAGGAAAUUCUCUCAUCAACCUAUAUGCUAGAUGCGGUAGGAUCAUGGAUGCAUAUUCUGUGUUCAAGAUUGUCGAGGUUAAAGAUGAGAUAUCCUGGAAUGGACUGAUAUCAGGAUUUGCACAGAGUGGGAACUGCGAGGAAGCUUUAAAGGUUUUUGAGCUUAUGGACAAAUCUGGUAUUGAAGCAAACUUAUUUACAUUUGGAUCUGCACUAAGUGCUGCUGCUAACAUGGCCGAUAUCAAACAAGGCAAGCAGAUUCAUGCAAGGAUUAUAAAAACUGGUUAUGAUUCUGAGAUAGAGGCCGGUAAUGCACUAGUUUCACUUUAUGCUAAAUGUGGUUGCAUUGAAGAUGCAAAGAUUGAAUUCUUUGGAAUGCCUGAGAGGAAUGAGGUGUCAUGGAAUGCCAUGAUUACAGGUUAUUCCCAACAUGGACAUGGCCGGGAUGCUUUAAAGCUUUUUGAGCAGAUGAAGCAAGAGAAGUUCAAACCGAAUCAUGUCACCUUCAUAGGUGUUUUAGCUGCCUGUAGUCAUGUAGGUUUGGUUGAUGAAGGUCUUGACUACUUCAGAUCUAUGAGGGAGGAGUAUGGUCUCCUUCCAAGGCCAGAUCACUACGCUUGCGUUGUGGAUAUUCUUGGAAGAGGUGGGUGGUUGAAUCGUGCUAGAGAGUUCAUUGAGGAAAUGCCAAUUGCCCCAGAUAGUAUGGUUUGGAGAACCCUACUUAGUGCUUGUACAGUUAACAAGAAUGUUGAAAUUGGAGAACUUGCAGCUAAGCAUCUUCUGGAUUUGGAGCCAGAUGACUCAGCUAGUUAUGUUCUCCUAUCAAACAUAUAUGCAGUGUCUAGGAAAUGGGAUAACAGGGAUCAGGUGAGGCAGAUGAUGAAAGAUAGAGGGGUUAAGAAGGAGCCUGGUCGUAGUUGGAUCGAAGUAAAGAAUGUAGUUCAUCCAUUUUUUGUUGGAGAUAGGUUGCAUGCACAGGCAGAUGCAAUCUACAAGUUCUUGGAAGAGUUGAACAACAGGGCAGUUGAAAUUGGGUACAAGCAAGAUAAGUAUUAUCUCUUGCACGAUAUGGAGCAAGAACAGAAGGACCCCAGUGCCUACAUCCACAGUGAGAAGCUUGCUGUUGCUUUUGGACUAAUAAGUUUAUCUCCUGAGAUACCCCUCCGUGUGAUGAAGAACCUUCGUGUAUGUCAUGACUGCCAUACCUGGAUGAAAUUUGUCUCGAGGAUUGCUGGCCGAACAAUUGUACUACGUGAUCCUUAUAGGUUUCAUCAUUUUGAAGGGGGCAGUUGCUCAUGUGGUGACUAUUGGUGAAAUGUCAAGGACUAAUUGAACAGGACGUGCACCAGUGUACUAGUGCCCAUAUGAUAUAUGCUUAUAGUAGUACAAAUGUGGCUCCAUUUAUUUAGAAAUUAGAAAAAGCUGUAUCAUUUGGCAUGUACAUUAUGCCAUUAAGUUUUGAUACACUUUAAUCACUUCCAUUGGAAAUUCCUAAGAGAAUAUUUAUAGUAUUUUGCUCUUGACUCA